GAUGAGUUGAUGCUACAGCUGCAGCUUCUGAAGCGACACAGAUGAAAUGACACAAAAAAAGAGUACGUGAUUCCAGUCCGGUACAGGACAACACACCCACUUAAAACCUUUGGCAUGAGUAUUUUAGACCAAAAAGGCAGAUUGUUAUCAUUUGGUAUGAGUUUAUACAGCUAACCGGGGCUUGAAUGUGAUGAUGUUGGCUGUCAUGCUAAAGGAAAGCCCACCAGCUGUUUGUAUGGAUAUGUAAAUAAAAUUAUGUAGCUAGAUUAAAACGAAUAAAUCCCCCGGGAAAGGGACCGAUAUCUGCGAAAGGAUGAAUCUGAAAAAGUCUCCUCCAUUGAAUGGACUCGGAAAACAAGCUGCUGAGUCCAGACGGAAGCGGAAGACGGCAGAGAUCGCACAGGCUUUGAGUACGACGCCCGUGGAUGUGGCCGCUCUGAGGCGUAUGGCCAUCAGUGAGGGAGGUCUGCUGACCGAUGAGAUCCGUCGUCAGGUGUGGCCCAGACUGCUCAACAUGUCUGUAGACAGCAUACCUGAUCAACUAGAGAAAGUAGAUCGUGAGAACAACAAGGAUUUUAAUCAAGUGCUUUUGGAUGUUCAGAGGUCCUUGAGACGUUUCCCUCCUGGAAUGCCAGACGAACAGCGUGAAGGCCUUCAGGAGGAGCUGAUCGAUAUUAUUCUGCAGGUGCUUGUGAAAAACCCUCAGCUGCACUAUUAUCAGGGUUACCAUGACAUCGUGGUGACCUUCCUACUGGUGCUGGGAGAACGACUCGCCACGGCCCUGGUGGAGAAACUCUCCACUCACCAUCUCAGGGACUUUAUGGACCCCACAAUGGACAACACCAAACACAUCCUGAACUACCUAAUGCCCAUUAUAGAGAGAGUCAAUCCAGAGGUCUAUGACUUCAUGCAACAAGCCGAGGUCGGCACCAUCUUCGCCCUCAGUUGGCUCAUCACCUGGUUCGGACAUGUUCUGUCAGAUUUCCGCCACGUCGUUCGGUUGUAUGAUUUCUUCCUGGCCUGCCAUCCGCUCAUGCCCAUCUACUUCGCUGCUGUGAUCGUGUUGUAUCGAGAGGAGGAGGUGCUGGAAUGCGAGUGUGAUAUGGCCAUGGUGCAUCAUCUGCUGUCUCGUAUCCCAGAUGACCUCCCGUAUGAGACUCUGAUCAGUCGGGCUGGAGAUCUGUUUGUUCAGUUUCCUCCGUCCGUGCUGGUCAGAGAAGCCGUCCAACAGCGCAGUCAAAAAACCGCUGCCUCCACCUUCAAAGACUUUGAGCAUCCAGACGUCGUGCUUCGGAAAAGAAGGAAAGAGCAACAGCAGCAGCAGCAGCAGCAGCAACAACAACAGCGCCCCCUUGAGGCCCAGCGAGGCACUGUAGCUGUUGUCCAGCCCACUGCGCGGCGGAUUAUGAAACUGGCGGUAAUGGGUUUGACUGUGGCGUUGGGGGCCGCAGCAUUAGCAGUGGUGAACUCUGCACUGGAAUGGGCCCCAAAACUAGACUUAUUCUUUCCUUGAAGGAGCCAAUUAACAGCAGAGAACAACAGCGUCUCGUUAUGAAGAGUUAUUUGAGACGACUUGUGAAUAUUUCUUUUUUUUUUUGCCAAUUCUUUUGUAUUUAUACUUGUUGGACUAAUGAAUAUAAAGUUGUGCUUAUAGGGAUUAUAAUUAAACAAGCUGUUUGUCACAAUGAAUGAGACGUAGAAUCAGAAAUAGUGAGAAAUGAGGACGAUGCACGUCAUUUGUCAAAUCAGUGUAACGUAAAUUUUCAAAUGUGUCUAAUGUUGUUCAAUGCAACAAUUUAUGUAACAACGUGCCUCAUUCAUAUAACCCAGGUGUUACACAUUUCUCUGGAAAUUGUUCAAAAAACAUUGGAUCUCAUUCAUGAAAUGCAAGCAGAACGAAUUUCUCUGUUUGUACAUUUUUUUACGUAAAGAUUUAUUUAUGAACGAUGUAGUUUAGGGGAAAACAUUUAUUUGAAAUUCAUGUAUAAAACAACAUUGAAACAAAUCAUCAUGUAUACCGUUUAUUAGUCCAUUUUUACAUUAAUUGUCACAUCGAAUUAAAUGCAUCCGAGCUUAGAGGAACAUCCAAGUGGUUAUUUGAGAUUCUAACAUUGCUUGGUUGAACACAUCCUUCUUUCUUGGAUUAUUCAAAUAAUUUACUCUGUU